AUGCCUAUGCGCGGCGGCUAUGAUUCUCGAUAUGAGCUUGUUCGCCGGAACAAUGGUUGGAAUUGGAUUCGACGGAGAAGUCGCUCUCAUGGCCAUGGUCAUCAACCUCCGCCCAUGAGAUAUGCUAAUUACGACCCCGACUACACAGACGACAUGCUUCGGCGGGAUCAACUACGCGUUCUGGCCGCCACAUCCUACUUAGAACACUGCGCAUAUAAUCAUCGCGUUGUAGCUUGGUCUGGAUAUAACCAACUAACUCCUUACGAUUUUGGACAUCAUGAACACUAUUCUGCAGUCGAAUACCCCCGCCAAGAGGGUCACUCUCGAAGCGCCAGCCUGCCCCGGAACUCCACCACUCCAGCUGCCUCUAUUCAUGGUCACAAUGCGCGCCGGAGCACCGUCCCCAGCCCCAGCCACAGUGUCAACGUACCUCAGAACACUACGACCAUACCUAACCACGACCGUGAAGCAUCUCAUAGCAUAGCUACGGAUACCAACCACAAUGAUGGUAUUGCAGAGCGCUAUCCUUACAUCCGUGAACAUAUCCGUCAACAUCCUCGGUUCUGGGAGGCGGUAUUUCUUGCGGAGAAAAUUGAGAAGUUCCAAGAGGGUGAUAGGGAGUUGGAUUCCUAUCAGACGCGCUUAGACCAGAUCGUUCAGGAAAUCAGCAAGGAUGUCAGGGAACAACAUGGCUUGUGCUAG